AUGCAACUUAUCAUUGCCCCGCCUUGUGAGCCUAGUCCCGAACACUAUUUGUCAUUGUAUACCACAACUGUUACCCGGGAGAAUGAGAAAAUUCCCGUUCGAAUAACAACAGUGGAUUAUCAUUUUAAUAUUGUUGUGGAUGAAUUUAUACGUCAACCUGUUACAGAUCAACAACUACUUUCUAUUGGAAUUGAUUCAAAAGCAUACCGAGCCAAAGCAUAA